CUGAAGUGCUCAACUGAACCCUUCGAGUCUCUUUGAACUUCAUACCCCUCCCCGUGCAAAUAACCAGUGUCGACACAUCUCGAAAGCUCUUUAGUACAGGCUGGUCCAGCAGAAUUAUCAACAAAUACCCAAUUGCCAGCUGCUACUCGCCCGCAAUGGAUAUCCGCCAGCUGUUGUCAGACGAUCAGCCACAUCCUCGGACAGUCGGUGGCCAAGCAUCCAAUGCAUCAAACGGAUCUGCUCAAGCAGUUGGCGGCGAGGCAUCCAAUGCUCAGAACGGAGCUGCAAACUCAUCACCACUCCUCGCACUGCCCAAUGAGAUCCUACUUGAGAUACUAUCCUCGGUAUCCCACUACGACCUCGCCCGCCUCUCACAGGUCAACACCAAACUCCAGGACUUCUGCUCCACUCCAUCCCUCUGGGCACCAUUCCUGCACUCAUUCCGCCUUCCCCCGUCGUACCCAUACCGGGCCCUCGUAGCCUCACUGCACGAGCACCUAUGGCUGCGUCCGCGGCUCUGGUGGUCGGACCAAAACUGCAGCGGCCACCUCGUCACAACCUUCUUCGAGCUCGAAACCGAGACGAUAACACUGCACACGAUCCUAGCGCCGCGCUUCCCCCCCAACGUGAAGAAAUGGUCUCGCGACCCGUCAGUCCCAGUCUCCUCGCCAGCAACACGGGUGAGCCGCUGGCCCGCCUCCCUCCUCUCCGUCAACUCGCAUUCCAAACCCGACCCGCGCACCGGCGAAAUCGUCGAAUUCAUCCCGGACAGUCCCAUAGCCGUGAGCCUCUUCCGGGUGCUCGCCAUCCCAGCGGGCCCACCUUCCAGCAGCAGCAAAUUCCUCUGGCCGCCGUCUUCCGUGCCAGCUACCGUCGACCGCUGCGCCAACAGCGAGAGCUUCGACGCGGGUACGUACCGAGCGCCGUACCCCUCUUUUGCCAGCGCGGACCUAUUCCGGUUCCGCCGCGAGCUGCGCCACGGCACCACGCAAAUGCGCGGCGAGAUCGAGACGCUCUCCGCAAUCCCGGCGUCAUGGUACACACCCACCCGCGCGCGCCCGCUCCGCGGCAUCUUCAUCGCCGACAUCCCAGACUACGGGUACCAGAUGCUCCUGUUCCUGCAACCGACAACGGCCACCAUAGACGCCGUAAAGCUCACCGGUGACACCGACCUCCCCCGUGGGAAAGUACUCUUCACCGUCAGGGAUCUGGAAAACAUAGUCAGGGUUGCGGACGAUAGCGAGUGGCCCGGUGCCAGAGUCGUCCCUGCUGGCGUAAGGAUUGGCGGCCGCAGACAUGGGCUUUCAGCGGCAAACGUGGCAAACAUAGCAAGAAAUGGUAACUGGGAGUAUGCGGAGCUGUUCCUGGUCAGUAACGAUAAGGUCGCCCUCCACUGGAUGGGCGGCAGAGAGGGCGACAGGAUCGCUACGUUCGAGAGAAUCGAUGUGGACACGUUCGUCUAUGGUGGCGGGGUGCAGGUUUUCGGGGGUGAGAGUUGGUAGGCGGCAGGUCAACAUCGUCAAGGAACAACGGGAGGCGAGAUGCGUUUUCUUUUUGCUUGUUUAAUCAUGACCGGGAGUUGCGGUUUAGUCAUGAUAUAUCGUUCGGUUGAGGCGGGUGAUGGGCUGUGAUGGGCCAUGAUGGACAGUAAAUGCGACGAGCUUUUUUCUUUUUUCUUCUUUUUUUCUUUUUAUGGGAGACGGGGCAGCUAUGGUAGCUCGGUAUGGGAUGAUGUACUCUAAAUAUGGUUUAUGAGCAACCAAUAACGACAUCGAG